AUGAAAAACAAGGUCUCAAUAUCGACCAUAUUCUUUGGCAUCCCAUUGUGGGCUUGGCUAAUAGUAGCUUCAUUGAUAGUAACAUUCAUUGUUGUGACAUGUGUCAUUGUGUGCUAUUGUUUCAUACACUAUCGUAAAAAGCCAUACAAACCCCGUUUUUCUUUACCCAAAUCAAUUGCAUGCAAGCACCAUGUUUGUGAUUUUAGCUCUUCCUCCCUUGACAAAAGGUUGCUAUCAGCAUCAAGCAAUGUCUCAGAACAUGGGAUUAACUUUGAGAAGUUGCCAUCAUCAUGUCAUAGUCAUGAGUUGGUCCUACCUAACCAGUUUGAUCCACAUGUUAAUGGCAUUAUUACAAAAGAUGGGUAUUUGAAAGGUUUGAGAUCAAGUGAUAAGCUUUGUCCCUUUGACAAUGAUAUGAGUAAAGGGUGUUGCUUUAGCCUUAAGGAGAUAGAGUAUGCUACUAAUGGAUUGGCUCAAGAAAAUGUGAUUGGAAGUGGGGACAAUGGGAUUGUUUAUCUUGGUUUUUUGCCAAAUGAUAGACACGUGGCAGUCAAGAGGCUAGUGUGUGACAGUCGCCAACCUGAGAAAUUAUUUGCAUUCCAAAUGGAGGAAAUUGGACGUGUAAAGCAUGAUAAGCUGGUCAAAUUGCUUGGAUAUUGUGCCGAGGGUGCUCACAGGAUCUCAGUAUCUGAAUACGUAGAAAAUGAAAGUCUGCAUCACUGGCUUCAUGAAUUUCCCGAACAAAUAAGCCCUCUAACAUGGGAUACAAGAUUGAACAUUAUCUGUGGUGUUGCAAAAGGACUGGCAUACCUUCAUGAGAAAGUCAAACCAAAGAUUCUCCAUGGCAACCUAACAUCUAGCAAUAUUUUGCUUGACCAACGAUGGAAUCCAAAAAUAUCUGAUUUUGGUCUUGUUAAUAUUCUCAGUCCUGAAUGCAGUCACAUUAUACUGGAAUCAUUAGGUUAUGUGGCACCAGAUAGCAAUUUCACUAGCACCUUCACUAAGGGUAAUGACAUCUAUGAUUUUGGAAUACUUAUCAUGGAGAUUGUAUCAGGAAGGCUUCCUUCAAAUCAGAGUCAGCCACAGACUCAUAUAGUGGACUGGUUCAAAUCAAUGAUUUCCAAUGGAAAAAUUGAUUCCGUGGUGGAUCCAAAAUUGCUUGAAAUGCCUUCUUCCAAGAUACUUAAACGUGUUGCUUUGGUAGCUCUAAGAUGUGUAGAUCGUGAUGUGAAUCCUAAACUCAAAAUGGGAGAUGUGGUUUGCAUGCUUCAGACCAACCUACUGCUUUUUGAGGAACGUCGAAUUGCCAUGGAGACUUGUGAACAGAAUCACUCACCACAAAAUCAGCAAAAUUAGGUGAUACCAAGAGGAAUAUAGGAGUAAACAGAAGAAAUUGCCACCAAUUGGACAUGAUGCUUUUUUGGAUUUUGCAUAAACCAACUCAUUACACCAACUGAACAGGAUAUGUCAGGACAAGUCAAAAGUAGAUGAAAUUACCUACCAAACUUUGAUACAUGGUUGUGUCUUCCAACUCUUUUCCUUCAUGUGUAAAUUAUCUUGGCAUUUGGCUCCAUCACUAUUGAAAUUGGCUUACAAUUAAACAUUCCAAAUUUUUGUAGUAA